AUGGCUUAUAUGUUUAAUUGUAGUUACAUUUUUGCUACUUUACUAGUAUUGAAUUUGUGGAUUAUUCAAGCUACCUCUCGUACUUUAUACGAAUCAUCAAUGGUUGAAAAACAUGAAGCGUGGAUGGCAAAGUAUGGACGUGAAUACAAAGAUGAAAUAGAAAAGGCAGAGAGGUUCAAGGUAUUCAAACAAAAUUUCGAGUAUAUUGAGUCGAUAAAUAAAAAUGGAUCACGAUCGUAUAAAUUAGGCAUCAAUGAAUUUGCUGAUCGUAGAAAAGAGGAAUUUAAGUCUAUUCGUAAUGGAUACAAAAUAUCGUCUAAGAAACAAAUAAAAACUACGUCUUUUCAAUAUGAAAAUGCCUCAUCUCCAUUUAUGGUAGAUUGGAGGAAAAAAGGUGCGGUUACUAGGAUUAAAGACCAAGGGCAAUGUGGAUGUUGUUGGGCAUUUUCCGCUGUGGCUGCUAUAGAAGGACUUAACAAGAUUAAAACGGGUAAAUUGAUUUCAUUGUCUGAACAAGAGUUGGUUGAUUGCGAUAUAGGUUCAAAUGAGGGUUGUGAAGGAGGUUUAAUGGAUUAUGCUUUUAAAUUCAUUAUAAAAAACAAUGGAAUUACUUCAGAAAAUAGUUAUCCUUACAAGGGAAUCGAUAGUACUUGUAACAAGAAAAAAAUAUUCAACCAAAUCGCGAAAAUUAAUAGAUAUGAAGAUGUUCCAGGUAAUAGUGAAUCAGCUUUAGUUAAAGCUAUUGCAAAUCAACCUAUUUCUGUUGCAAUUGAUGCUGGUGGAUCAGAUUUUCAAUUUUAUUCUAGUGGUGUAUUCACAGGACAUUGUGGAAAUGAAUUAGAUCAUGGUGUUACUGCAGUUGGUUAUGGAGUAACUAUAGGUGGUACUAAAUAUUGGCUCGUUAAGAACUCAUGGGGAACUAGUUGGGGCGAAAACGGAUACAUUAGAAUGUUAAGAGAUGUUAAUGUUAAGGGAGGACUAUGUGGGAUCGCCAUGCAAGCUUCUUACCCAAUCGCUUAA